UGUUAGUGUCCCUGUGAGUGACGUGGAAACUGUGCAUCGCCAUGUCUGCUAGUAGUAAGCGUUUUCUGCCGGUAGUGGUGGUUGCGGCAAUGGUUGCCGCCGCCAGUGGCGCCGUGGAGUUCGCCUACAACGGCUUCGGCGGCGCGGGCUUGUCGCUCGACGGUACGGCCACCGUCACGCCGGCCGGUCUGCUCCAGCUCACCAACGACACCAACAUGUCCAAGGGCCACGCGUUCCACCCGGAUCCAGUCAAGUUCCACCGGCCGAUGCUGUCGUCCUUCUCCACGACGUUCGUGUUCGCCAUCGUGUCGGAGUUCCUCGACCUGAGCACCAGCGGGUUCGCGUUCCUGGUGGCGCCGACCACGGACCUGUCCACGGCGAUGCCGCAGCAGUACCUGGGCAUGUUCAACGGCACCGACAACGGCGACGCCCGCAACCACGUCUUCGCCGUCGAGUUGGACACCGUGCGGAACCCGGAGUUCGCCGACAUCAACAACAACCACGUCGGCGUCGACGUCAACAGCCUCAACUCCACCGUGGCCGCCCCGGCGGGGUACUUUGACGACGGCGGCGGCGGCGCGUUCCAUAACCUGAGCCUCAUAAGCAGGGAACCCAUGCAGGUCUGGGUGGACUACGACGCUGCCACGACGGAGGUCACCGUGGCCAUGGCCCCGGCGCGCCAGCCCAGGCCCCGGAGACCGCUCAUCUCGACCAGGAACAUCAACCUCUCCACGGUCAUCACGGACACAGCGUACGUCGGCUUCUCGUCCGCGUCCAGCAUCGUGCUGGUGAAGCACUACGUGCUCGGAUGGAGCUUCGCGCUCGACGGCGCCGCUCCGGCUCUCGACUACGACAAGCUGCCGAAGCUGCCUCGCAUCGGCCCAAAGCCCCGGUCCAAGGCGCUGACUGUCGCGCUGCCGAUAGCCACCACGGUAUCCGUCCUCGCGGCGGUCGCCCUCGGGUUCGUGCUCCUCCGACGGCGGCGCAGGUACGCCGAGCUGCGCGAAGAUUGGGAGGUGGAGUUCGGGCCACACCGGUUCGCGUACAAGGACCUGUACGACGGCACCGGCGGCUUCAGGGACAAGAGGCUGCUCGGAGCAGGCGGGUUUGGCAGGGUGUACAAAGGCGUGCUCCCGGGUUCCGGGACCUAUGUCGCCGUGAAGAAGGUGUCGCACGAAUCAAGGCAAGGGAUGAAGGAGUUCGUCGCCGAGGUCGCCAGCAUUGGCCGUCUCCGGCACCGCAACCUCGUGCCGCUGCUCGGCUACUGCCGGCGCGAAGGGGAGCUCUUGCUGGUGUACGACUACAUGCUAAACGGCAGCCUGGACAAGCACCUCCACUGCCAUGGCGACAAGCCCGUCCUGGCUUGGGCUCAGAGGGUGCACAUCGUCAGAGGUGUCGCGGCCGGGCUACUCUACAUGCACGAGGACUGGGAGAAGGUGGUUAUACACCGAGACAUCAAAGCAAGCAACGUGCUCGUCGACGGCGAGAUGAACGGGCGGCUGGGUGACUUUGGCCUCGCGAGACUGUACGACCACGGCACAGACCCGCAGACCACGCAUGUGGUCGGCACCAUGGGGUACCUGGCCCCGGAGCUGGUGCGCACUGGCAAGGCAACCACUCUCUCCGACGUGUUCGCCUUCGGUUCGUUCUUGCUGGAGGUUGCCUGCGGGCGGAGGCCCAUCGAGGAAGAGGAAGAUGACUCCGCCGCCACCGUUGGGGUUGGAAUUGGAGACCGAUUCGUGCUCGUGGACUGGGUGCUCGGGCACUGGCGCAAGGGCUCCAUAGCCGGCGCGGUGGACGCUAGGCUUGGCCUGGAGUACGACGUCGCGGAGGCGGAUCUGGUGCUGCGGCUGGGGCUGGCGUGCCUGCACCCGUCGCCCGCGGCGCGGCCGACCAUGCGGCAGGUCACGCAGUACCUCGACGGCAGCGCGCCCUUGCCAGAGCUGCCCCCGUCGUACCUGACGCUAGACAUGUCGGCCGGCAUGGAGAGGAACCAGUCUCUCUUCAACUCCUGGUUCGUCUGGCGUCCGUCCUCGAGGGCGACGACGAGUGUCGCCACCAUGUCUGACGUCGCGCUCUCUGGCGGCAGAUGACAGGCGGCCAGGUACGCGCCCGUCCGUUGGAGGCUGCUAUGCUAAUUGUCAUGUCCCACUAGAUCUGAUGGCAAAAUUUUGAUCAUUAGAUAAUCUUAUUGAGUAGUAUACACAAUUUUGAUCACAAAAUUGUGGUGUUCAAUGAGGAGAAAGAACCGUAGGGCGUGUUCGGCUGGCUACAAGCCGACACUGUUGCAGCUGUUUGGACUGCUGCAGCUGCAAUCCAUAGAGAGAAAAAUACUGUAGAAGCCGCAGCCGCAGCCGGAUUGCAGCCGCAGCAAGCCGCAGCGAACAAGCUGGUAAUCUUUAGUGCCACUCGUGAGAAAGGGAGAGAAAAAGUUUUAAAGAUUCCAACAAUGGCUGCAGCCGAACAUAUGCACUUCAACGAUUCCAACAAAAUUAAUGGCUAAUGUGAAGUUUCUAUGU